AUGGCAGCCAUUGCUGAUUUUGCCUCAACAAAAUUCAUUGAAUUUUCAUUUAUUCCUCCCAGAGCUCCUCAUUCUGGCGGAUUAUGGGAAGCGGCCCUAAAAUCAACAAAAGGUCACUUGUUUCGAACCCUCCAUAAUGCUCGCCUUACAUUUGAAGAAUUAUCCACAGCCCUGGUGGAAAUUGAGGCGAUCUUAAAUUCACGUCCCAUUGGCUCAUUAUCAACUGAUCCCAACGAUUUGGAGGCUCUUACUCCAGGACAUUUCUUAAUCGCUUGCCCUCUACAAAGUGUUCCAGAGAAGACAAACUUUGACUCGGAGAUAUCUCAUUUGCAACACCGGCAGAGAAUCUCCGGAAUAAAAUCUAAUUUUUGGCGCAGAUGGCACAAUGAAUAUCUUGCUCAUCUCCAAAAUCGCUAUCGUUGGAAAAAACCACAACAAAAUUUGAAGGUCAAUGAUUUGGUGAUAAUACAUGAAGACAACGUUUCACCGAUGAAAUGGGUUCUCGGCCGUGUCAUAAAUAUUGUCCCUGGGGCAGAUGGCCAUGCUCGGGUAGCUGACGUGAAAACACCACAUUCAACAUUUCGACGCCCAAUCGCAAAAUUAGCUGUUUUACCCCAAGAAGAAAAUUUGAUUGAAACCGGAGGUUUCAAUGGGGCCCGGCAUGUUAAAUCACUUUAA